UGGCUUCUGUACAUGUUGAAAAAUAUUCCAAAUUCUUGCAUUUUUUCUACCUCAAUACCAAUUAUUGCCUAAAAGAUGAAUGCUCUAUGAUGUCAGAGGCAACCUCAGUUCAUUUAUCUUGCAUACAGGACCAAAGUUCUGACUUAGCUGUCUCAGGAAAUAAAGGUCGUUUUUCUCUGUAUCCCAGGACAUGGUCCUUCUCUCAGGAGAGAACACUAUUUUGAAAAGGGGCUAACUCUAUAGCCUGCUGAACCUCCCUCUAAAGAGGAAACAUAACUAAAUCAACCUUGUGAUAGUUCAAAUUGGAUUAUCCAAUUCUGAUCUUCAGAGUCUUGAAAUAUCCUGAUUCUACUUGGUCAUCCCAUUUGAUACCAACUCUGCAACUGUGAAAGAGGGAAAUUUUUGAUAGGGGAAAAUGAGAAGAACAAAGGAGCAUCAAAAAGAAAUCAUGAUCCAGUUCCCAUCAAAAGACCUUCCAGGAAAGAUGAAAAGAAAACUGAUUACAGCUGCUUGGGAAAACCAGACAGAACCAUUGUGGGAAAAAAUAGAGCAUCGUUUGAAUUCUAAGCCAAUGUCCCACCUCAACCAACCCAUAGGCAGGACAUGUCUCAAACAACCACUCAUAGUAACACAGUUUCCAAACUCUCAAAAAACUGUACUAAUGCCAUCUCUUAAUACAAAGGAGAACUCAAAAAAAUUGACCUGCCCUGGCAAGUCGUAUACUAUGUCAGACUUGCCCUUAAAACGUUGCCCUAGUAACCAGUCCCAUAUGGAGCCUUUAUCAGGACCUGGGCACUUCCAGAACAUUUUAGUUGACCACAAUCACCAAACAGCUGAGGCCCAAAAGAUUCAGAUCCCAUCUGUACGUGGACACAGAGGUAAAGUUAAGCAUAAAGCCCCCGUGAAGAAAGACUUCAAAGUCUUACCUGAGCACAAUGUGCCAAAAGGGACAACUCUAAAUGCUCUUGUAAGAAGUUUAAACUUUGCCUCCAAAUCUAAAAUUAUCUCAGCAUGUUUUUCUGAGUCUUUACCUAAAGCUAAUGGUUUAAAACCAUCAAACUAUGACUGGAUUAAGGAAAGAGAAAUGAGAAAAUCUCUUUCUGGGCCCCAAAUUCCCACUUUUUCUCUUUGUAAUAAUGUUACCGAUGCAAGAAAUGCCCAUCCUUCCUACCCCACACAGUGGCCUACUCCCACUACAGAUAAACCGCCACAUGAUAUAGACGAAAUAAUAUCAGCCCUGGGAUUAGAAACACCAAAAUUUGGACCAUGGGAACAUGCAGAAAAGGAGAAUUUUUCAGAUUUCCAACAAUGGGCCAAGUGCUCUUCUACAUGCCUGAAGUACCGUUGCAUGUACUGUAUGCCAAUGGAUACGUUUGCAUCAUGACAAUCCCUCAGUCUAACCAGAGCUCUACCAAGCUAAAGUCAGCAAAUUGAGAAUAUGUAUAAGCCAGAGAUAAAGCGUCAGUCCACAAUGUUAGCCUGUUUACAGGUUUAUACAAUUGGACCGAGAUGUUCCACUGACCUCAUCUACCUGAGUCAUCAUGAACACCCGUGUAUCUCUUCAUUGUUUCAUCUCCUAAAUAGGCUAUCAUCAAACAUAGCUGAAACUAUGCAGCCCCCUGAGAACAUCAGGCCACUUUGUAAAAGGGCUUGAGCACUCACGUGUGCAAAACUGCAGACAGGCAGGGAAACUGAAGAAACGCUGUGCCCUGAGCACACCAGGCCUUUCUCUAAUGAAACCUGACCACCACCUUUUGGACAUGCAAAAACCAGACUCCGACAAGCAAGCUUAAGGACAUCCAAGCAUCUUUCCAAUGAACCUAGACCAUCUGAACAUUUCACAACUGGACUGAAAUCAGCAUGUCAGGAGGCAAUCCCAGGCUACCUUCUCACUAAUACUGAUUUCUAUUUAAAUGGGUCCUCUGUCCCACACAGAAUUCAUUUUUAAUAAGUCUCAUUCACUGACCACAAAUAUGCCCCCGAACCCCUUUUAUUGAGUUUGAUAUUACUCAUCUCUAACAUUCCCAUCUCCUUGGCAGGUCUCAGGGUGGCUGAUUGUUUUUAAUUUUUAUAUGUGACAAAAAACAUUUUAGAGCCCAUGAGCGUGACAUAUCUGUGAAUGUCUGUUCUACUGUAGAGAAUUAUUUAUUAAUUAAGAGUACAUUGGGAAAUUAAGUAGGAUAAGUUAUUGAUAUGAGAUUUCUUUCAAAAAUCUGAAUGGAUUUAAAGAUGAGUGAAUUUUCCCAGAGUGCUUUGAGAGACAGCUACCCAACUGACUUUAACUCUUUGGGCUGACCCUGUUCUGAAAGGACGUCCUAAGUGCUGCUCGGUGAGAUUGGGAAAAUCUCAGUGUUUUUUACAUCUAAAGAUUCAUCUAAAAGACCGGACAAGUGAAGGAGAUUGUUGGGUGAAACAUCAGUGCAAGCCCCAGCAGGUUUUCUGUGCAAGUGGAGAGAGGCUGUGGAGACUCAAAACUCUUUGUUCAUCUGUACAGCAAGGAAGAAAGAGAGACCUAACUUGUUUCUCUUGUGUAUAAUUUAGAGUAGGGUAGAUAGAUUAAGAUUUUGGGGGGAUUUAGAUAAAAUAGGAAGAGUAACCUCAACUCUGUUUGGGGAAGAAGAUCUUUGCAGAUGAGAUUUGAGGUGGUUAGAUUAAGAAUGAUUAAUUUAGGAACUUAUAUAAGAAUUUCUUUUCCACUGGUUUCCUUUUAUGAUCCCUUCAUUAGUUUUUUUUUUACCUAUAAUAAAUAUGGUUUUUAUACAA